GCACCUUUUGCGCGCGUGCGUCGUGAAAGCGGUCCAGUGAGAGGCGGCGCGAUACAAUCAAUCGUAGCGUCGAUGGCAAGACGGCAGCGGCGACCCGUGCUCUGAAAUCAGUCCUUAUGUCUGAAAUGACCUAACAGACGCUUCAGCGUCUCGAGCGUCUCAGGUCAGCUUGUUCUCCUCUGCUUGCACAACCGCAAACGAGCGCAUUUAAUCAUAUCGGACUUGCUUUACGCCGGGAAACAAGACUCCAUCCAUCUAUCUGUCGAUCUGGCGUGAGAUGACAAAGCGUGUAUUCUGCUCAUGGGAGAAAGGUGAGACACAGAGACUGUCUACAGGGCAUUUGGUCGGUCAGUCGCUCUUCUGCUGCUUCAGGGCUGGUUUUCAAUGAAGCUGCAUUAAGCCUUAUUUUAACCCCAUACUGCGGUGCUGGUUUGGAUGCGCAUUUCCUGUAUUUCUUGCCUAUUUUUGGCUCUUAAGCCCGUGCCUUGGAAAUCAAUCACAGUUGUACAUCAUGAAGAGUAUAUCAAUUGUGUAAAUAUACUCCAAAGAUGUGAGGACCUGGCGGAAAGGGAAAACUUCCAGGAGAAACAGGAUUGAAGAAACACAUGGGCAUCUUAAAGAAACUGGAGAUGUCUCAAAAGAAGAUUUUCCUGCUACUGAUAGCAAUAAGUAGUGUCAGCCUGCUUCUCCGCCAUGGAGGUCACUUGAACUUGACGUUUGAGGCAUUCUGGUUGGGGUGUACAUCCUCCACCCUCUCCACGGGCAGCAGUGAUCCUGCUCUUAAACAUACCAGUGUGGCCUUCCUAAAGACACACAAAACCGCCAGCUCCACUGUGCAGAACAUCCUCUUCCGCUUUGCUGAACGCAACAACCUCACCGUGGCGCUUCCUGUUACCUCAUGUGCCCACCAGUUCUGCUACCCUCGGACGUUCAGCAGCCGCUUCGUUCACCCACAUACCACACCCCCGGACAUCAUCACCAAUCACUUGCGUUUUAGCCGCGCUGAGAUACGACGCCUCAUGCCCAACAACACAAUAUACAUCACAAUAUUGCGGGAACCAGGAGCCAUGUUUGAGUCGCUGUUUAGCUACUACAAUCAGUACUGCCAAAGCUUUAAACGUGUUCCAAAUGGCUCUUUAGAGAUGUUUCUAGAGCAUCCCUGGAACUACUAUCGUCCGGAAGAUAAUGAUUCAAUGUACGCACGGAAUACGCUGACCUUUGACCUCGGUGGCGAUAAGGAUCGGCCUUCGACAGAAGCGCCAAUGUAUGCAACACGGUUUGCUGAAGAGCUGGAGCGAGUGUUCUCAUUGGUUAUGAUUUCAGAAUACUUUGAUGAAUCGUUGGUGCUGCUACGGCGCUUGUUGUCAUGGGACCUUGACGAUGUUUUGUAUAUGAGUCUUAACAUGCGGACCCAAUCCUCUAAAAGCAGACUCUCCAGCGUAAUGACGAAAAAAGUCAGAGCCUGGAAUGCCAUAGAUUCCGUACUGUAUGAUUACUUUAAUGCCUCAUUGUGGCGGCAGCUGAGAGCAUUGGGAUUACCAUGUGUCGAGCGGGAAGUCCAGAUGUUGCGUCAGUCACGAGAUCGACUUGUACGCGGCUGCUUCGGUGGAUAUUUGCCGCAACUUCGCUCAGCUUCUCAGAUUGCAAAUAAGGAAUUACGACCUUGGCAGCCAAGUAGCAAAGUGGCGAUUGUUGGGUAUGAUUUGCCAGCCAACAUAACGCAAAAAGGGAUGUAUCCACGAGAUGACUGUUUAAAGAUGAUAAUGCCAGAGGUGCAGUACUCACAGCUAUUACUCCGAUCAGAGUCGUUCCGUUAUCGAAAGCGAUUUUUGCAGAACUCCCAGCAGAGUUUGCGGUCCGUGGGGUCGGCUCGUGUGCACAAAGAGCCCCGAGCUAGAAAUUACCUCAUGUGACCCAUCAGGGGCUGUUCUCUGUGCACCAGAGAGGUGCUUUGGGUACUCUGAAUGACCAGCGUCAACUAAUAAAUACAUUUAUAUAUAUUUUGCAUUUUAAAAACCAACCUGGUGUCUGGGAUGUCUGAAAGAACAUUUUUGUUGUAUUAAGGCCACCAUUGACACUAAAAGCCAAACAUGGUACCUGGUUUUGCAUGGUUUCUAGCCGGUCCAAGCUGGUUGACCAAUUGUCUUACCAGCCGGUGGGAAUGAAGUUGACCUGACGGACAAUUUAGGUCAAGUUGGUUGAAGAUGGUGGGCCACUGUGUUUUAAUCAUCAACCAGCCAGUCACUUUAAGCCUACUGGUAUAUUGGAAGUUGUUUGGGGGAUUUUUGUUUGUGUACUUGCCUUCUGGUAAUAGAAUACUUAAGCUGAACAAGCGCACAUUGUCAUAUGCUAUCAAUGUGCUGUGUGCUACGCCUGAGCCAUAAGACAAAGUUUAGUCUCUUAAGUUGGUAACAUCGAGUAUUAGUGAUGAUGCAACUCUAUCAAUGCACAUUUUUAAAAAAUUAUAAUAUAAUAUUUACACUUGCCUUGUGCAAUGCUUGGGUUACAAACCUACAUUUUAGGACACUGUUUUGACCACAGCCUUUACUAAGCUGAGAAUAAAGAAUUGAUAUUUAAAUGCAAA